AUGGCGGAAAUCGAAAACCGCGGCCCGCAACUGGUGGCUGUCGGUAUAACGCUCGUCACAACGGCCAUUGUGGCAACGACUCUCCGAUGCUAUGUCCGCAUCUUCCUCGUCAAGAACUUCGGAGUCGACGACUGGUGCAUGCUCGCUGCGAUCACAUCUUUCAUCCUCUUCGUGUCAUGUGCGAUUACGGGUGUUCAUUACGGAACGGGUCGCCACAAGGUGAAUCUCACCGACCAUGAGUGGUCAACCGCUAUGAUGCCACAGUUUUGGUGGUACUGUUAUCUAUGGUACUGUUUGGCGAUGAUCGCCUCCAAAAUCUCCAUUGGCUACUUCCUUCUCCGAAUCACGGUCCGCAAAGUCGAUGUCUGGAUCAUCUACUCCGUCAUGAUGAUGACAGUCUGCACCGGCGUUGUCUUCUUCUUCGUCACUCUUCCGCAAUGCCAUCCGAUCUCCUACUUUUGGAAUACCACGACCCAGAGCGGCCGAUGCGUUCCUGCGGACGUGAUCAUCGCUCUCACCUACCUCUACAGCGCUUUCAGCGUCAUCUGCGACUUUACCUUUGCUAUUCUACCCAUAGUCCUCAUUUGGAAGCUAAAGAUGGACCGCAAGACCAAGCUGGCUCUUGUACCAAUCAUGGCUAUGGCCUGCAUUGCCAGCGCUGCCGUCGUGGUGCGCAUGCCAUUUGUCAAGAACUUCAAAAAUCCAGACUUCCUUUAUGCAACCGUCGAUAUUGCAAUCUGGUCCACCACUGAACAGGGUCUGGCGAUCACGGCAGGUAGCCUUGCAACCCUCCGCCCACUCUUCCGAUUAGUAGGAUACCGACUCGGCUUCACGUCAAUGGGCCCCUCCCAACUCCACGAUUCCGAGCGCGGCGCCCCAUCCGCCAUGGGCGGCAAAAUCAAGAAUGUCAGCAACGGCAGCUCAGGCCGUCAAAGGCGCGGCCCUUUCAGUCUCACUACCUUCAUGUCCAAAGACGAUGCUGAGAGUCACGAAAUGGACAGCAGUGGGGAGCAAGACCGAAAUCAGCAGCAGAUAUUGUCCCCAAAUAAGCGCGCUCGCGGCUGGGAGUCGACAGGGAGGCGUGACAAUGAGAGCGAAACUGAACUAACAUUCGAAGCCUCAAAGGAGUCGGGUGGAAGCGACCGUGACAACAUAGUUGUUGUCCAAACCUUUUCCUUGCGGGAAGAUCGAUUGUAA